CCCACAUUCACCGCCGCCACUGCACCUGCACCUCCACAAACGGACCACGUGCCCCCAUUCGAGGACAACCCAGCCCUCCUCAACACCCUUCUGGACGCCAUCGAGGCAGAACACCACGUGCAGGUGCUGCGCCUGUUGUACGAUGUAGUACUGCAGGUAGUGCGUACCGUGACCUCUAAGAAGACACACCCCACUCUGCUGACACUCAUGUACGUGUGUAAGCUGCACCCUCAGUACUUCACACACGCGGCCAUUGUGGAGGAGCUGGUCAGUGCACUCUCCGUCAACGGCCCUGUGCAG